GACGACGUCUGGGUGACUGUGUUUGGGUUCACGCAGCAAGACGUGCCGCUGGUGCUGCGUGAGCUUCAUAACUGCGGCGACAUUAUCAGUUGGGGCUUCGGCGAGCGCGAAGCCAAUUUCAUUCACGUGCAGUACCAGAACAAGUACGGCGCGCAGCGGGCUUUGAUUCGAAACGGAGAACAGCUUACCAGCUCGCUCAUCAUUGGCGUGAAGCCCUUGGACCCCAGGCACCGGCAGCAGGUCGCAUCACUCCAGGAAGGGCCUGACGGACCCGCGCAGGCGUACCGACCAAAGCUGGUCCCGGAGCGGCCGUACCGAGUGGAGAUGGUGACGGGACAGCGAAUACCGCAGCAAAACCGGUCCGUGCUUACUCGCAUGUACGAGUUCGUGCUGGGAGUUUGA